AUGAAAACCAAUAAAGAUUCUGUCAACAUUUCGCCAUCUGAAACAACCGACAGCAUAAAUAGAUUACCAGACAGUGUUUGGGAACAGCUAAUAAAUGCUCCAUUAGCUGAUAAUCACAUGCGAUUAUUAACUGAAGCAUAUCCAAUAUCCUUAAUAGAAAAGUUUCUAGAAUUGCUUUCUAAGGAAAAAGAAUCGAUUACAAUAUGUAUUCAAAAUAAACUGGAAAAAAUAUUAGAACAACUACGUAGUGAAAUGACUAAUGAAAAUGAAAAUCAAAAACAAAAUAAUGAGGAUGUUAACAAAAAAUAUGAUUAUUGGUUUAACAUUUUACAAGAAUUAAAUGCUGCCAAACAAAGUGCGAUGAGAGAAAGUUCAAGAUCAGAUGAAAAUGUACGUUUAUGCGAGUUAAAUAAAUACAUCGAAGCGGAUAUCGAAAUAUUGCAUAAUCAAAAUAAGAAAUUAGCGGAUCACGGUAACUAUCUAACAAAAGAAAUUAAAUAUAUGUACGAUAAAUGCUUCCAACAAGAACAGAAAUUACAAGAAAUUAAUCAUUUAAACGACCAAGCAAAAACAAAAAUCAUCAAAGAUAUUGAAAUACUUUCACAAAAAAUUGAUGAAAAAUCUUUACAAUUACAAAAUUUACGAUCGCCACCAGCCGUAGAUAGUUAUCGAAGCCAAUGUCAGUAG